AUGAGGGUGCAGUGGCGGUACACGCAAUUGCAAGGGCCGUAUGCGGUGGUGGACUGGUCGAGGACAUGGACCUGGCUCAUCUGGACACUGCUGGUCUCGGUGGCGCUGAACGUGUUCUGGGUGGUGACUGCGCUGGUGCACCGACCGAUGAAGACGCCGCUGGAUCACUAUGCGCAAUUACACAAAAUCCCCGUGGUCGACGAAACCUCGCUGUCCGACCCACAUCCCACGAGCGGGCCGGGGAAUGUGAUCGCGACAAGUUUCUUCACGGACGAGUUCGCCACCGCCAUCGUCGCGCUCGGCCACUCCCUCAACCGCGUCAACACCACCGCACAGCGCGUCGCGAUCUACAUCCCCGAACAAGUCUCCGCGCGGGGGCUCUGCAUCGCGUCCGCAUCCGGGUUCGAGCCGCGUGCUGUGGAGCGCAUCGCGCCGCCACACGGCGGCAAGGGCGUGUACCCGCACUUUGUCGACCAGUACACGAAGCUGCGCAUCUGGGAGCUUGAGGCGUCCGGCGCGCGAGGGGUCGUGUACAUGGACGCGGACACGCUCGCGACGCGGAACUUCGACGAGCUCUUCUCGCUCCCUUUCCAACUUGCGGCGGUCCCGGACGUGUACCCGGACCACAAGGGCUUCACACUAGGCUUCAACGCAGGCGUGCUCUUCCUCCGGCCCUCGCGCGAGGUCUUCCGUGAGAUGCUCGCGCACAUCGGGUCGGCCGACUCGGACGCGCACGAGGCAGAACAAGCGUUCUUGAACCAGUUCUUUGGCGCGGAGGUCGCGCGUCUUCCCUACGCCUACAACGGGAACCUCGCGAUCAAGGCGCGCAGCCCCGCGCUGUGGGCGGGGAUCCGCGACGAGCUGCGCGUGAUCCACUACACGAUGGUGAAGCCAUUCACGAGGGACAACCGGAACUACGCGCUGGUGCCGAUGGAGGAGCUCGAGGCGAACGCGCGCAGCCGGAGCGUCGAGGAGGGCCACGACUUUACGGACGAGAUGGAGGAGUGGGCGCAGGUGUGGCACGAGACGUACGAGAUCUACGGGGAGAGGUUGCGGCACUGCAUGCGGCUGUCGGACGCGCCGGGGGUACAUUAGAGCGCGGGGGAAGGCAAGGCGGGGCAGCAGGGAUCCGCGGCCGGUAACUUAUACGAUCCCGCCAUCGUGAUCGCGCUGCACGCCCACCCAGCGGCAUCACACAUCCUACGAGGGAGAUAUUAUAGUAGUAUCGGGCAUGCUCA